AUAAACCACUCUCUCAACUUUUCUCCAUCCAAAAAAACUCUCAUUUCUGUCCAUUUUCUCUUCAGAAAACACUUAAUUCCCUCCCUCCCUCUCUGUGAUUCCUAGCAAUGGCAGCAUCAACGGUGAGGAUUAAUCUUGAUGGAAAACCGAUAAAUCAGCUAACAAUAUUGAUGAUCGGUGCCGGUGGUUUCAUCGGGUCCCACCUCUGUGAGAAGAUCUUGCAGGAAACUCCACACAAGAUCCUAGCUCUUGAUGUUUACAGUGACAAGAUCAAGCACCUUCUCGAACCGGAUAGUCUCGAAUGGGCUGGCCGGAUCCAGUUUCACCGUAUCAAUAUUAAGCACGAUUCUCGCCUCGAAGGCCUAAUUAAGAUGUCAGAUCUGACGAUAAAUCUGGCGGCGAUCUGUACUCCAGCGGAUUAUAAUACGCGUCCUUUGGAUACGAUUUAUAGCAACUUUAUUGACGCGCUGCCCGUGGUGAAGUACUGUUCAGAGAAUGGGAAGCGUUUGAUUCACUUCUCGACUUGUGAAGUGUAUGGAAAAACUAUUGGUAGUUUUCUUCCUAAAGAUAGUCCUCUUCGUCAGGACCCUGCAUACUAUGUCCUCAAAGAAGAUGCCUCUCCCUGCAUUUUCGGUUCUAUCGAGAAGCAGAGGUGGUCCUAUGCAUGUGCAAAGCAGUUGAUUGAGAGGUUGAUUUAUGCUGAGGGUGCAGAGAAUGGGCUUGAGUUCACCAUUGUGAGGCCCUUCAACUGGAUUGGACCCAGAAUGGAUUUCAUACCCGGCAUUGAUGGCCCAAGUGAGGGUGUUCCCAGGGUUCUGGCAUGCUUCAGCAAUGCUCUUCUUCGUCGUGAGCAACUCAAGCUUGUUGAUGGUGGUGAAUCCCAGAGAACUUUUGUUUACAUCAAGGAUGCCAUAGAGGCGGUCCUCUUGAUGAUUGAAAAUCCUGACAGGGCCAACGGUCAUAUUUUUAAUGUUGGCAACCCUAACAAUGAAGUCACUGUUAGGCAGCUUGCUGAAAUGAUGACAGCGGUCUACGCAAACGUAAGUGGCGAACCUGCACUGGAGGAACCCACAGUUGAUGUCAGCUCCAAAGAGUUCUACGGUGAAGGAUAUGACGAUAGUGACAAGAGAAUUCCAGACAUGACCAUAAUCAAUAAACAACUUGGUUGGAACCCCAAGACAUCUGUGUGGGACUUGCUUGAUUCAACCCUCACUUAUCAACACAAGACGUAUGCCGAGGCAGUCAAGAAGGUUAUCUCAAAACCCACAACCAGCUGAAGAAAUAAACCAGACAUGAGAAAAGAUGUAUUCUUGGACGGGCUGGUAAUUAGCAGGCGUUUCUAUUCUUUUUCAAGGAAAUCGUAAGUAUAUCAUAAUUGGUUGAUUCCCAAUACGCUACAAUUUUUGUUUUUCCGGGUCUCGGUGGUCAGUGGCGUACUGUAGCUCAGGAAUGUGUUCUGAACGUUAAACCUCGAGAAUAUAUUAGAUUCUGAUCAGCAAGUACAUCUGUCUUACUGUAAUUUGUCACUUGGAGCAUGGGUUGCCACAUAAAGGGGGCGUUAUACAAGCUUGUUCUAUUUCUUCACAGGGGUUUGCAUGUCCGUGCCCCCAUUCUGUUUCUGCUGCAAAGUGUUGUAUUAAUUUGUUUACCCUCUUAAGCCUUUUUCCUUCAAAUUAUUAUUUAUUAAUUCCA